GAACUCGAGUCCCACGAGCCUCAAUACACUUGCUCGGAGAUACCGCACUCCAAGACUUGAACCCGAAGGAAUAUGCCCUUCCUUCGUACAACCAAGGGAACAAACCUCCCUUAAAGUGUUCACAAAACUUAACCACUCAAGAACAAAAACUCUCUUAAAGAGUAGAAUAUGAGCAAACUAAUUUAGAUCAAGAACACACUCAAUUCCUCAAGAAAUGGCUCUAAAAAGCUAUGAACUAAAAGAUCAAAUGGCAUCAAGAAUGUUCAACGCGGGAGUGAACGAGGGACAAUCAACCACGAGGCCACCGUUGUUCGAUGGAACCAACUACUCGUAUUGGAAGGAGAGGAUGAGAAUCUUUAUCCAAUCCAACGACUACAAGCUGUGGUUGAUUGUGAAGAACGGCUGCGGAGUCCCGAUGAAGAAAGUCGGUGAAGUCAAUGUUCCCAAAACUGAAGAGGAGUUCACCGACGAAGAUUGCAAAAAGAUGGAGCUCAACACCAAGGCAAUAAACAUGAUUUAUUGCGGUGUUAACACGGAUGACUACCGCAAAAUCUCGCGGUGUGAACCUGCAAAACAAAUGUGGGAAAAAUUGGAGGUCACCUACGAAGGAACCGCGCAGGUGGACGCAAUCGAAGAAGGUCGUGACUUCCAAACAACGACCUAUGAUGCUCUUCGAGGUAGUCUUAUUACCUACGAAACCACCCAACUCUCAAAGGUGGUUGAAGAGAGGAACAAGAGGUCUAUUGCUCUACCCGCAACAACAUCGACCCACAACAACGUUGAUGAUGAAGAUGAUGACAGCGACGACACCAACCUCGGACUCUUUGUCCGAAAAUUCAAGAAGAUGAUGCUCAAGAAGGGAGCCAAGAAGAACACUCCACCCAAAUGCUAUGGGUGUGGUGAAAUUGGACACAUGAAACCAAUGUGCCCAAAGCUCAAGAACGAGAAGGACAAUAGGGCACCGAAGAAGCAACGUGCCUACAUUUCUUGGGAGAACGACGGCUCCAGGAGUGAAGACUCAGAAACGGAGGAAGUGGCCAACUUAUGUCUCAUGGCCAUUGAAGAUGGUGAUACAUCAAAAGAGGUAAGUGAUCAAGAACCUUCUCCCAAUGAUCCUUUAACUCUUAAUGAUGUUGCUUGCAUUGUAGAAGAUUUGGUGUGCUUGAAGGCUUCGAGUACCUCUUUCUAUCUCGAUAGCGGAUGCUCCAAGCACAUGACCGGAGACGCAUCCAAAUUUAGGAGUUUAGAGUAUUUCAAAGGUGGCAAUGUCGUUUUUGGUGACAACAACAAAGGAAGAAUCAUUGGAAGUGGCACCGUCGGAAAGGACAAUGCUACAACCGUUGAGAACGUUCUUCUUUUUGAGGGCCUCAAGCACAAUCUUCUUAGCAUUAGCCAAUUGUGCGAUAGAGGUAACCGUGUCAUCUUUGAUUCUAGAAAAUGCAUUGUAGAACGCUUGUGUGACAAUAAGACUAUUUUUUGUGGUAGUAGAGUAGAUAACAUUUACAUGUUUGAUCUUGAAAAUUCCCCGUCUACUUUAGCUAAGUGUCUCAUUACCAAAGAGGAAGAAACGUGGCUAUGGCAUCGUCGGAUAUCUCACGUUAAUAUGGACCAUCUUAAUAAGCUGGUUUCUAAAAACAUAGUAAUUGGUGUUCCUAAACUUAAGUUUGAGAAGAAUCUAAUUUGUGAUGCAUGUCAAAAGGGGAUGUAACACCCCAACCCGCGUAACCCAAACCCGUGAGACCGCGGACCGGUGUGCCUCUAGAUUGGUAUCCGAAUAUACAACAUUUUCAAAACAAUUUUAAACAAACGUUCUUUCAAUACAUAUAAAAAUCCAUCGGAGUAAUUUAAAAUAAUGCGGAAGCCUUUUUAAAGUCAAACAACUUGGGAUCUUGCCCGAAAACGUAAUAAGCAUGAAAGUUAAUUAAAUAAAGCAUAACUACAGAU